UAGCUGUGAAUGCGGUUGGUAACAGGGCAGCUGCUGAUGAGAGCAAGAAAGAGCGAUGGAUGUGUGGUCGGAACCAACACUGGGAAUCUAGCUAGCUUACGCGCUAACUAGCUGAACUGUAUUACUCGUACUUUCACGCUGAUGGUCAUUUUCGAAAGACUUACCCACGACCGUGAAAGGAUUACAGCUGGCUUGAAGAAAACAUCGUAAGAUAUAGCCUCUUAUACAGGUGGCCCACUGAUGUCUUCUGAGUCUGCGGACGCUUUGGGAAAAGGGUUGAGUGGGACAAACAGAAUUCUCGUGAAAAUAAACAGAAAGAAGACUGAGAAGAGAACCGCAGAGAAGGCCGUUUCUGUUCCACUGUUAAAUGAGGAGAAAGUAAAAACAGACGGAAGCUGGACAAGUUAAAUAUUACCUAGCUAAGUUCGUGUCAUUUUCGGGAUACUUGUAUCUAUCGAUAACUAUCAGUGAAUGUCUAGCUUGUAUGGAACUAAUAUCAGUCUAGCUUUCAGCACCGCGUUAGGUAAUUAGCAAGCUAGCUAUACAGGUAAUCGCGUGAUUGUUGCGUUAUUCACGUUUUACAUAGGUGUAAGUGGAUUUGAAUGCCAGAUAUUUUACUGUGCCGCCAGGGGUUGGUUAUUAGCUAACGUUAGGUAAUUUGUUAUAAAGCUAGACUAGCAAACUGUCUAGAUAGCAACGUUAACUAUAUUUCGUUGAUAACGUUAUGUGGUUGAAUUAGUCUAAAUAUUUACAAGAUACGGCAGGCGAGGACUGACAAGCUGUCUAGCUAGUUUUCGCAUGGUAUGUUUCGUCUUUGGCGUGGGGGGAAGGGGAGGGGGCUGUACUGCCAGAAUGUUUGAAUUAGGUAUUGAUAGCUAGCUAGCACAUGAACUAUCUAGCGGCUAGAUUCAUCAGUGUGAUUUCAGAAACUGCACCGGAGAUUUAGCCUACGCCAACUGACACAGGCUACGACUGUUGGGUUUACAUAUCACUCAGGUGGUGCUUAGCAACCAUCAGGGCUGUUCGGCUCAGCUUUCUUGCCAACUGGAAAGAUUCAGUCAGGUGUUGAUGCUUUCAUAUGUCAUCAAUGAUCAGUAACGAAUGAAAACAAUGCAAUUUACAUUUUUUGGCGAGGUUACCAGGACAUGAAUUGGUCUGUUAAAUAGUUUUAUGAAUAUAGCCCAUGGAAAACACGCCGAACAAAAUUCAUUGUAUUCGCUACAUUUUUUUCAUAGCAUAAUGAGCAGCUAAUAAUGUUGCUUACUGGCAUUUUCUAAUGCUAAUGGAAAAUAUAAGCAUAAACGCAACUCAUUUUACUGUUUUCGAGAGGAAAAUAAACUCACAUAAUAAGGUAUUUGAAUGCGGAAAAAUAAGAAUUCGGAAAACCGCGUCAUUCUUUCUGCAAUGGAUUUGAGAUAUUGGACUACUUUCCUUGAAUCGUUGCUGAAACGUGAGAAUGCUUUUGAACAACUUUUGAAGUGAUAAUUUCAGUUGAAAGUCGAAUCACAACAACUUGUCUUCAGGCAUACUAAGGAUAGCUUUCAGUCUUUGCCUUUUCCAAGUUAAUAGCAUUUCAAAUUGUCUCAGGAUACUAAGCAACGUUAAUCAUAAUAAAAGCAAAUGGACCAGUUUCUGCUGUCCAGCCCUGGUGGGCAUGCAGACUGGGAAUUGGAGCAGAAGCCCUCUUUAGGAUUUCUAGUUUUAGAUCCUGAUAAAGUGGCUGCUUUGCCUAAGGGGAGCAAAGAAAGUCUGGAGUCGGGCUUGGAUUUCCGAGAGACUGGAAAGGAGCUGGUGUCACUUAACCUGGAUGAGAUUCUCCAGGAAAAUGCCUUAAAUCUGGACAACCUUUUACGGAACUCCAGGUAUUCCGAUGCUGAUCGGAUCAUGUCCUGGAAUGAAAGGUCAGAGUGCCCUGUGCUGCAGUGGGAGAACCACUCCUUUCCACCCUUGCAGCUCACCGAGGGUGAACCUGCUGAUGCGCCCAAUCUUCAGGUCAGUUCUAAUGAACAAAUUGAUUUUAGAGUUUCUACUCCUGUCCAGACCGUGGCAGGCAGCGUAAUUGCUGAAAAAGACAAUUCAUCCUUUUUGCAACUAGAUUUCCAAGACAAAGUACCCAUGGAACUGAUGAAUAUUCACAACAGUCCUGGAGAACAUCUCAGUUUCAAUAAUACGCCUCCACCUUUGCAGGUUUUAGCCUGGAAUGAAGAAUCUAAUAAGACCAAUUUCUCUCUGCUGGAAAAAUUCUUGUGUUCAGAGCCUGCCUCUUCCUCCAUCUCCUCUUCCUCACCCUCUGCCCCACUUCCCAGUGGGGCUAGCCCACAGGGUGUCAGUGAGGAGCCAUCUCUUCUCUCACACCACGAGGAGAGCAGCCGCAGUCAGGUGUCACAAGGCGGAGAGACGCUGUCAUCUGAGACUGAGGACAAAGGUUUAUUCUUAGAGCUGGUGAGGGAUCCGCUCACAGUGAGUAACGCUAUCCUGGAAGGGUCACCUGAGAGCCACCCGAGCAGCCCCUCCCACACCUGCAGCUCCGCUGCCUACAGCCAGACACUGAAUGUUCAGAAAGGAUCCAGACUCGUACAGAAUGGAGCCAGCAAUGACAUCAGUGGCAGCCUUAGCUUUGAAGAUCAUGCCUUGCACACCUCUGAAGAGGGGUGCUUGAGCUCGCAUGUGGAUGAUACCGGGGAGAACAUUCCUGUGGACACUCUGACCUUUAGUUUGCCCUUGAAACAGUGCUGUGAGGGUGACUUCUGUCUCCCUGGGCACCAGCGUUAUUUAGAAGAACCCGAAGCCUGCGCAUCCUGCCCUGAUGGAGACGCCGCACACCAGGAUGAACUGCUCAGAGGCCAGGGCUUGGAUGGGGCUCUCUCAGUAGAUUUAAUGGAGGAGAAAGUUUUUCUGGGCUCAGCCCGGCAAGAAGAACACAAAGAGCUGAUUGGCAGUAGCAGCCCGACUGCUGAUGCAAUGCACGACAAGGAAACACCCGAUCCAAAACCCCCUGAGAGCACCCUACAGGAAGGACUUCCUGGUCUGGAGCUGAAUGGAAGGAGUGGAGAGGCAGAGCUUGACCUGGAUGCAGUCCUUCACACUCAGGACUGCCCUGAGGAUCUAGCCCUGGAGUUGGAUGGUUUGCCUUCUGGCAAUCUGUGGAUGACUGAAGAGACUGCAGAAGGCCUCUUGCUGUCGGAAGUGGGGGCAUCUAAUUCACUCCCAAUGGGGGGCAGUGUUUCAGAAGGGGUUGACGAUCUGUCUUCUUUGAAGGCUGUGUUUAAUGCCCUGGACCAGGACAGUGAUGGUUUUGUGCGUAUUGAGGAAUUUCUGCAGUUUGCCACUGCCUACGGAGCUGAACAGGUUAAGGAUCUGACAGGAUUCCUGGAUCCCAGCGGUUUGGGGGUUAUCAGCUUUGAAGACUUCUACAGAGGCAUUGCAGCCAUCAGCAAUGGAGGCCCUGACCCUCGGCUGUGCGAUGUGGGCUUUGACCUCGGGGAGGAAGCUGGGGUCCCCGGGGAGUACGACGACUACGUCACCUUCGAGCAGAACGAGGUGACGGACAGCGCCUACCUGGGCUCGGAGAGCACCUACAGCGAAUGCGAGACCUUCACGGACGAGGACUCGGGCGCGCUGGUGCACCCCGAGCUGCACGAGGAGGUGGAGACGGACAGCGCCAUCGACGCCGCGCUGCACGACCCCGAGGAGACGGGCAGCAGGCUGUCUCUGGGCUCCGAGCUCAACAGUCACUCCCUGGUGACGGUGAUCGGAGGGGAGGAGGAGCACUUUGAGGACUUUGGGGAGAGCCACGACUUGGACCUGCUCCUGGAGAGCCCCGGGGCCCCGCUGGGGGAGGGCAGCCCCGCCGGCCAGCUGCACUGCUCCUCCCUGCUGCUCUCUCCCAGAGCCGAUCCUUUCCCCGCCAGCUUUCAGAGCUUUCUCAGGGAGGAAGCGCUUGACUUUUUCUGUAGCCAAUGUCACAAACAGAUUAGUCGCCUCGAGGACCUCUCCACACGCCUGAAUUUCCUUGAAAUGAAUAGCUCCAGCAAGAGACUUUCCAGUAAAAAGGUGGCGAGACACCUGCUCCAGAGCAGCACUCUGACCAUCGACAGCAUGGAUGACCUGUCCCGGGACAUGCUGGACCUGGCCGACACCGACAUCACCGAUAAGGUGAUGUUCCUGGAGAAGCGGGUGUCGGAGCUGGAGACGGACUCGGCGAGCAACGGGGAGCAGCACGCGCGCCUCCGGCAGGAGAACCUGCAGCUGGUGCACAGGGCCAACGCCCUGGAGGAGCAGCUGAAGGAGCAGGAGGCGCGCGCGGAGGAGGCCCUGCACCUGGAGGUGCGCAGGCACAAGGAGGCGCUAUGCAAGCUGGAGCGGGAGAGGGGCCUGGAGCUGGAGAACCUGCAGAGCAGACUCCAGCAGCUGGACGAGGAGAACAGCGAGCUGCGUUCCUGCGUGCCCUGUCUGCGCGCCAACAUCGAGCGGCUGGAGGAGGAGAAGAGGAAGUUGCAGGACAGUGUGGAAGACGUGACAGAGAGACUGAACGAGGAGCUGGAAUCUCGCAGGAAGAUGACGGACAAGCUGACACACGAGCGGCAUAAGAAUCAGAAAGAGAAGGAGUGCACACAGGAGCUGAUCGAGGACCUGCGCAGACAGCUGGAGCACCUGCAGCUGUACAAGCUGGAGGUGGAGGCGAAGAGCGGGCGGUCCCCCAGCGCGGGGCUGCAGGAGUAUCAGAACCGCACGCGGGAGGCCGAGCUGGAGCAGGAGGUCCGCAGGCUCAAGCAGGACAACCGCAGCCUGAAAGAGCAGAACGACGAGCUCAACGGGCAGAUCAUCAACCUCAGCAUCCAGGGAGCCAAGAACCUGUUCGCCACCUCCUUCUCCGACUCGCUGGCUGCAGAGAUCAGCUCUGUGUCUCGAGACGAGUUAAUGGAAGCCAUCCACAAGCAGGAAGAGAUUAACUACAGGUUGCAGGACUACAUUGACCGCAUCAUCGUCGCCAUCAUGGAAUCCAACCCCUCCAUCCUGGAGGUGAAGUAAUGAACCCCCACUUGCUCCACCCCCGCUACACCAUGGACACUGGGGGCUGGACCCAACACACGCCCGGAUCGUGAAGUGAAGAGGGGGAAAUAGUCUUUCUACACGCUCCGAAGACGAAUUAGAAGAUGUCUGCUUUGUGCCUGAGUGUUGCUGCUGUCUCUAUGCAGUUUCACAGGGUUUGGCUUCCUGGAAACACUGUGCCCUGUGUGCGUUUUUUGAUUUGUUGCGUGUGUGUGUGUUUCGCAUUUUGGUUCCUGUGAGUUCCCUGCGUACGGGACGGAGGGGCCUGGUGUUCCUCUGGCUCUCUCACUACGUGUUACUAUUUAUACGUACAUGCGUGCGUGUGCUUUUCGCUGCCGGCCCUCAGACGCUAAAGGUGUUCAGUCAUUGUGCGCACUGUAUUGCACACCCUAUAAGUUUUGAUGAGUUGUCGCAGUUAAUGGUGGACGGCGUGAUCUCUCCACAGGUGCAUCACCCCACGUGUUAAACGUCCUCUCUGCUCCUGGGGCUCGCUCUCUUUGUUGUGUUAAUGAUCAGGGUAACUUCACAGGGAUGUGAAGGUUCACGGGGAUGAACAAAUAUCUGUUACUCCUACCUUUGAAUAUACUAAUGGGGGUUGCAGGCUAUAACAUAUCAGACAACGAGCUGGAGCCGUUCACUCUGGACGUGCAGGUUCUGCCAUAUUUAUAGGCGCCGUGAGUUCUGGAAAAGUCUUUUGUUGCCGUGUCCUUCAGAAGCGUGCCGCCGUGCCCCAGCAGCCCAUUUUCAAGCAGACCUAUUUAAAAAUGUAUGAAGCGCGAGCUGAAGCCGACCCAGAAAGCAGCUGUUUUAAGUGAGCCCUGUUCACACAGGGAGAAUGAUCUGAAAGAGCCUUUCUUACUCGGGCUUCCGGCGCUGAACGUAGUUAAUCGUGUUCAGUUUGCUCCUUCCCGCAGGUUCACUCCUCCCGGUUUGUUUUUGCUUACGUUUUUCUGUGAAGGAUUGUAACGUGGCCGCACGAGUCCAGCAGACCCAAGUGAGGGGCCGUUUUGAGGAGGAGGUGCCCUGAGGGUCGGUUUGUCCUGUGGUUUUUUUUUCUCAAGGACUCCCGUUUGCUGUGUGUGCAUCUGCGUGUUUUGUGUGUCUGUGAGGGGGAUGCACUCCAUCCCGAGUCUGUUAUCUUACAGCAGAGCCAGCCCGUCGUGGGUGGAGUUGUUGGAGGAACGGGGGUGCAGUAAUCUCCGUGCGCUGGCCCCUCUUUUUCCCAGUAACUCAUUAGCAUAGAAGAGGCAGGAUUCCCAGCAAAGGGUGGAGCAGUUUCUUCUCCAGAAAGUAUCAAUGACUCUGGAAGGCCGAGAGGAAUGUGUUUUUCAUUCUCAAGCGUCCGCUCCCUUGGAAAACCCUCAGUUUCCCUUGCUCUAAAAGACAAUGUGCACUCUGUCUCCGAUUUUUAUCUUUCCUCAGACGUGCUCACAGUGUGUAUGUGGCUCAGUAAGUGCUAACAUUGUAGGGCUUGGCAGCUUUGAGGAACAGGAAGGGUUUCGUUUACUGACACUGUGAAAGCCUGAAACCAUUCUGCCAACUUCUGAAACAAGAACCAAGCAAGGGUCAAGUGUGAAAAACACCCCAGAGAGUAAGGACUUAACAGGAUCAUUUAUAUCUGUUAUUUAAUGAGGCUUUAUAACCUACCCUGUCAGCUAAAAGCCACUCAGUCACCCACCUGCCUGUUCAACAAAGCUGUCUUUUGUCCCUGAGCUGAGAGAUGCAAUAUGGGUAGUGCUGUUCUUUGGGGUAAGUCAAAGAACUCUCUUGAAUGCUGAGAGGCUAUAAAGAGACAUUACUGAGAAAUUUCUGGGAGUAAUAAUUUGGUCAGUAUCUUGCUCUAAAUAACUUGAGUAAAUAUUUCCCUCUAUCACGCCAUAUGCAAAUGCCAUUUUCUUACAGGCUUGGAUAUUCUUCCAUAGCAUAGUUUUAAAGCUAAUAUCAACAUUAUUAGUGGAAAUCACACGGGCAUUUUAUUUUUUAACUACAUUAGUAAUAGUGUAGGUAUCUUGAUUUCUGUGAUGGAGGUCACCCUAGGGAUGCAUUCAGAAGCAGUUGAUCAGUUAAUCAGCCAAGAACACAAAACUGUAAUGCUUAGAUAAACAGGAAAAAAGAUCAAAUUUUCAAGAAUGUAAUAUUUGCAAUAACUAGUACCGUGAGGGAGAUUUAGAACACCAUACACAAAUGAGGUUCCCAAACCUGGGCGGAAGAAAUAAGAACAGACCUUCUUGGCAUCUGACUAGGUCUUUACGCAACUCCAGUGGAUUGAUUUACGUGUUCAAGAGCUGUAAGACAACUUGCUCCUUUAUUUUUUGCAUAUCGCUUGUGAUUGACACACCAUGUCUGGAAAUUUUGAGGCUGUAUCUGUAUAUGUGGAUGUAUAUUAGUGUUGACAUUUAGCCGUGGCCCUGAGGAUGUAGAGAGCUGUGGGGUUUUCCCCAUGGGAGCGAGAUGCGCCACAUGGCGGUUUGACAUAUCACAGUAUUAGGACACAUCCCCACUCCCGCGCCUAGGCACUCAGUACUACACCUUUUCCUUUAAUCAACGCUAAAUAAAAUGGCCUUGGAUGUAAAUUACUGUACAUGCAAACAAGUUUUUUCUAACCUGUAGAUCUAGCUAUUUUUUUAUUGUAAGAAGGAAGAAUGACUUUUGUUUUUCUCUGGGGAAUUUUCCCGCUCCUAUUGGAAUGUCACUGUGUCCCUCCCCCGUUGUUUAUUUGAAUGUGAAUAGACGUGAUACGCGGGAAAGCAUCUUGGUUUCCUUCUCCCAAACCCAUCCCCUUGCAUCUAUGUAAAAAGCAGCGUCUUGAAGGGGAUGGGAUUGUAUGUAAAUAUGUAUUAGCGUUUCCGGAUUCUGAAGGGAACUGAAUUCGUAAGUGUCUUGACCCAUUGGAAAUGCUUUCUGAGCAAAUACAAACGAGUAGGCAGGUUACUCCACCACAAUGUCUUACUUGAGGGAAGCUGGUGGGCAAAGUACACUGCGGUCGCCGGUGUAAUUACAGACUUUACGUUAGUUACGUUGAAGACCAGGUCUGUCUUCAAUUACUUUUUAUUUCUCUUGGCUCUUCGAUGUUCUGUAACUGCUCACCGCAAUGUCUUUGGGAUAGAAAUACAGACUUAAAACAGUCAAUGUUUGCCUUUGACAAAUUUUUUGUUUGCUGAUAUUUGGGGGCAAGGCUGCACUGAGAGAGACUGGACUACCUAAUUUCAUAAUCUAUAUUAAUCUAUAUGUGCAUAUUGUCAAGACAUAUUGGAGCAUAAUGCAUGGAGACGCAGGACUACGAAAGGAUCUCGCAUCUCAAAACAACCACUGUCUCUUCAAUAUGGGUUUAGCUACAGUAUAUCGGAAUAAGCUACAAUAAACCAUUCAUGUUAAGUUGGAAAUUGAAUACCUGUUUUAUUAAUUGCUGGAGAGACCAGUAACGCAAUUUCUGUACAAGGAGAGCAGAGUUGGUUACAGAAUUGUGAACUUGUAUUUCCAAAGCAUUAUGCACUUUAAUCAUCCUUAUUAUGAAGUUUAUUUAAAUCCUGCUCUCACUUUGCCAAAGAAUGAUUCAACUUUUGCACAAUGAAUCAAUUUGGGUGAACACUGGUAUAGUCUGUAUUGCAAGUGACUAACAGGAAGUGGAUUGUAAAAAUAUUCUUUUCCCAAGCUAUAUCCUGAGUAUUUUGAUCUUAAUAUCUUGAACUUUUGUACACAAUCUCCUAACAUGCAGCCUAUGAGCAUAGUUGUUGUAUGUCUACGUGGAAGUGGUUUCACUGACUGAUACUACCUUCACAAAAUCACUCCAGGCCAGAACUUAUUUGCUCCAAAGUGUUGGUUUGUGGGUCCAGUACUCUCUCAGGAUAAGCCUCAUGCUAGUUUGAAAAAGACUGUGAGCAGUGUCAACAUUUUUCAGUUUGUUAAAUAACUAUAUACUGAAAUGAACUGUGUAUAUGAAUCAUUUUCUGUCUGUAGGACAAAGCCUUUUCUUCACAGCCUAGCUUUCCAACACUCCAAAGAAAGUCUUCGAGGCAGAAAGAUCACAAUGAAGCUUUGCAGUAAUGACUUGCCUGUAAAAAACAUGAAAAUAUGAAGAAAUAAAACGCGUCAUUCACAAUAUGACUAAUAAUUGUAUUAUAAACUGAAGUGGGAGAUAUUGUUUUAAUUAAAUGAUCAGUAUUGUUUACUGCUGUAUGUUACUGUAUCUUUUGAAGGAAUCCUGAAAUAUGUAGGCCUAAUCAUCGUCUGGAGAAUUAUAGGUUUUCCAAUUCACUGUAAAAGGUGAGAAAAACAUAAAUAUCAACUUAUUGAAAUCAAA